CUCGUCUGAAAUUUUCCUGUGGCGCAAUGAAAAGGAUGCCUCCGGCAGGGCUGAGAAUUUCAACCUGCAUAUGUCGCUUCAAAUUUCAGGAGAACACAUGUCAUAUCUGGCCGUACUCGUCCCAGCAUCAAAAACAUCCAAUGCCACCAUAGCCAUCUCACCACGACGUAUCCAGCAAUGGCGUGGAUGGCAGUAACUCGGACGCUCUCAUUGACAGCGCUCCGCUCGAGACAGCUAUUACUGCCUGCUCUCUACAUUCUGCUUGCAGUCUCUUUCGUCUUCUUGGUUUACCAACGCGAGUUCGGCUACACCGUUGUUCCCAGCGUCGCCGAGGACAUCAUUUCCAUCAACAAUACCAACACCGACAACGGCACACUACCAGCUAUCACAACCACGGAUCCGACACCGGCACAAUCGACACCGGCGCUACAGAAAUCGAAGCCAAAGUACAAGCCUCAGCCGACAUGGAGCCCGCCGCCCGUCAAAGAUCCGUUCCCACUCCUUUCGCUGACAACGAAUCCACCGCCAGUCCCGUCUUGGAAUCGGCCGAAGGAGCCUAAUGUUUACCUUGCAUACGGCUUGCCCGUCGCCCCACCGUUGCUGAUCAGCUUCACGCGUAGCUGGCCACUACUACUACAGACAGUCGUAGGAUAUAUUACAGCUGGCUGGCCGGCGGAUCAGAUCUUUGUACUGGAAAACACCGGCGUACAUGACUCAAACGCAAAAGGACUGUUAUCGUUACAAAACCCUUUGUUUCUAAACUAUACACAACUGAGUAUACUUAACGUUAACGUAGUACGGACGCCUGUACUACUCAGCUUCGCCCAACUACAAAACUACUUUGGUUUCUUAGCAAGAGAAAAGUUGUGGCCAUACUACUUUUGGAGCCAUAUGGAUUCGUUCGUGCUGUCGUACGAAGAAGGAAUGGAGGGAGUCUCGGGCCCGGUUAAUACGCCUGACUAUCAAACAAUCUACGAACUCGCUGUAAAAGCGCUUAACCAUACGGUCAACUCUAACCAAACAUGGGGGGUAACAUUUUUUGCGUAUGAUCACCUUACUUUAGUAAAUCCUCAUGCUCUUGAUAGUGUUGGUGGGUUCGAUACUUUUAUCCCGUAUUAUAUGACGGACUGCGAUAUGUACUGGAGGCUCGAGGAGGCAGGUUGGAAUAUCAAAGAGGAAAAGGCAGGCAUCGUCGAAGAUGUCGCGUCCGUUUUGGACGACUUGCGCGUAUUAUACCGGGAAGGCGACAUAAUACCUGAAGGACUUGGCUUCACGGAUCCGAAUCCACCGCCGCCGGACAUCCCCGAAGAUUACCACGAGGAGACCAAAAUACGCGAUGUCCCUCCGCCUAGCCGGGGUGGAACUGCCUCCACGGCUGACACCAUGGCUCUCGAGUCUUUCAGAAGGCUUUACCAGAUCAGCCACGAGAUGUUGAUUCAUAAGAAAGGAGAUCGUGGUCGGAACACAUGGCAGCUGGGGCAGAGGGGAGGGGACCCCCGUGAGCCGUAUGCCUACGAUGCUCUUGGGUUUCAGGAUGGGAUAAACGUGAUCACAGAAGCCGGAAAAGAAGUUUUUCGCAGAAAAUGGGGGCACAAGGGAUGUGAUUUUGGGGCAGCUGGACUCAAGCCCAGUGAUGCCUGGAAGGUCGAACCAGACUGGGAGUAACGGUUCACCGAGUACCAGAAAUUCAGUCAUCGAGGGAUUAACGCGAAGGAACAAUUUGAGUCAACAAAGUUUAUGUUUAGUUCUUAAUAGCGAGCUGCUCCUGUGAGGUUGACAGUAACAACAUCAUUUACUAAAUCGGGAUUGUAUAUAUUAGGUCGUAAUAUAAAAUUAGUUACUUAAGCUCGACUUCAUUCUAUAAUUUAAAGAUAUAACUCCUUUAAGGCUAUUUA